UCUAUUUCUUUACUUAGAGUAACUGGUGCAGUCGAAGUGCGGCAAGAUAGUUUUUGGAAGAUUAAUUCUCUGAGAAUAUGGUUUUAGAUUUAGAAUUAUUUCGUGCCGAUAAAGGCGGAGAUCCUAUAAAAAUUAGAGAAAAUCAAGCAAAACGCUUUAAAGAUGUUGCUCUUGUGGACAAAGUUAUCGAAUCGGAUUCUCAAUGGAGGAAAUUACGCUAUUCUCUAGACAAUUGGAACAAACUGAAAAACCUAUGCAGUAAAGACAUUGGGACCAAAAUGAAGAACAAAGAACCAAUAGGAGAGAGUGAUGAACUUUCAAAUAAUGUUCUAAACAAGCUGAGUGAACUAACUUCUGAAAUCUUGCAGACACUGACUGUCACUCAAAUAAAAAAAAUCCGAGCAUUGAUGGAUGAGGAGAUGGUGAAAUGUAGUGAAGAACUAACAAGGCUCGAAAAAGAGAGAAAUGAAACACUAAAAGAAAUUGGCAAUUGGCUCCAUGAUUCUGUUCCUAUCAGUAAUGAUGAGGAAGAAAAUGAACUAAUACGAGUAUGGGGAGAUGUGGAAACACGAAAAAAAUACUCUCAUGUAGAUCUCAUACAUAUGAUUGAUGGUGUUGAUGGAGAACGGGGAUCAGUAACUGCAGGAGGCCGAGGCUAUUACCUUUUGAAUGCUGCUGUGUUUCUUGAACAAGCCCUUAUACAACUAGCUCUAAACAUUUUGCAUAAAAAGAAAUUUAAAAUUCUUACAACUCCAUAUUUUGUAAGAAAGGACAUAAUGCAGGAGGUGGCUCAGUUAAGCCAGUUUGAUGAAGAACUGUACAAGGUUAUUGGAAAAUCAGACAAGGAUAAUGAAGCUUCCUCAGAAGAAAAGUAUCUUAUUGCAACUUCUGAGCAACCAAUAGCAGCUUUUCAUCGAGAUGAGUGGAUUCCAACAGAACAGCUUCCCAUCCGAUAUGCUGGUUUGUCAGCAUGCUUUCGCCAGGAAGUUGGUUCACAUGGCCGUGACACUAGAGGAAUAUUUCGGGUUCAUCAGUUCCAAAAGGUUGAACAGUUCUGUUUGACUUCCCCACAUGAUAACAAAUCCUGGGAAAUGUUUGACGAAAUGAUUGGCAAUGCAGAGGAGUUUUGUAAAAUGUUAAACAUUCCCUAUCGUGUGGUAAACAUUGUCUCUGGGGAACUGAAUAAUGCUGCAGCCAAGAAGUUUGAUGUUGAAGCAUGGUUUCCUGGGUCGGGAGCCUUCAGGGAGUUAGUGUCUUGUUCCAAUUGUCUAGACUAUCAGGCACGUCGACUCCAAGUGAGGUAUGGUCAGACCAAGAAGAUGAAUGCUCAAGUUGAUUAUGUCCACAUGUUAAAUGCAACAAUGUGUGCAACAACUCGCUGUAUCUGUGCUAUCUUAGAGAACUAUCAGACUGACACUGGUGUUAAGGUUCCCCAAGCUCUUAAACCAUAUCUUCCUUCUGAAUAUCAAGAUGAAAUUCCCUUUGUGAAACCAGCACCUAUUGACGAGGCAGAGACCAAGAAGAAAAAGAAACAGAGAGAAGGAAUGAAAAAGAAAACGGAAGAAUAGGAAAAUAAAAAUUGAAAUGAUUUUAAUAAACUUAAGAUAUUCUCAAAGCUU